AGGUAGGCACUUUUGAUUAUGUCACAAGCCUAUCCAUUCAUUAGUUUUUUUUUUUCUGAGAGAAAGAGAGAGAGAGAAGCAAAGAAAAGAUAGAAACAGAAGAAUAAUCUGCUCUGUUUCUAAGGAUCUGUGUGUGUUUAUCUCAGAUUUUUCUUGAUUCAACUUCAUAAGAAGAUCUUUUAACACUCAGUGAAAGAAGAUGGGUUACAUGUGUGACUUCUGUGGUGAACAACGUUCAAUGGUGUACUGUCGUUCAGACGCAGCCUGUCUCUGCCUCUCCUGCGACAGGAGCGUCCACUCCGCUAACGCAUUGUCCAAGCGACAUUCUAGGACACUCGUCUGCGAGAGAUGCAAUUCUCAGCCUGCAACAGUCAGGUGUGUUGAAGAAAGGGUUUCACUUUGUCAAAACUGUAAUUGGUCUGGCCACAACAACAACAAUAACAAUUCUUCUUCCUCAUCAAAUAAUCACAAGAGGCAAACCAUAAGCUGCUAUUCUGGUUGCCCUUCUAGCUCGGAGCUCGCUUCUAUAUGGUCUUUCUGUUUGGACUUAGCUGGACAAUCAGGCUGUGAACAAGAAAUGGGUAUGAUGAAUAUAGAUGGUGAUGGUCAGAACAACCAAAACUGUAACGAGGAGAAGAAAGAUGUCGUUGCUGGCUCCUCCUCAAGGCCUGAAACCAGUUCUGCAGCACCUGCAACUUCAGCAUUUCCCAAGGAUGUAAGAGUAUGUGAAGAUGACUUUUAUGGGAACUUGGGUAUGGAUGAAGUUGACUUGGCUCUUGAGAACUAUGAAGAGCUCUUUGGGACAGCCUUUAACACCUCUGGAGAGCUCUUUGGACAAGGUGGAAUUGAUAGUCUUUUCCAGAAACAUCAUCAAGCAACAGCUCCUGAGGGAGGGAAUCUUGUACAGCCUGCUGAGAGCAAUGAUGAUUCUUUCAUGAGUUCAAAAACAGAACCAAUCAUUUGCUUCACAUCGAAACCAGCACAUUCCAACAUAUCAUUCUCUGGAGUCACAGGAGAUAGUAGUGCUGGAGAUUUUCAAGAAUGUGGUGCAUCGUCUUCAAUGCAGCUCUCCGGUGAGCCACCAUGGUAUCCUCAAACAUCACAGGAUAACAAUGCUUCCUCACAUUCAGUGACCCGUAAUAACGCGGUUAUGCGUUACAAGGAGAAAAAGAAGGCUCGCAAGUUUGAUAAGACAGUGAGGUAUGCUUCUCGCAAAGCAAGAGCUGAUGUGAGACGGCGUGUGAAGGGAAGAUUUGUCAAAGCUGGUGAAGCUUAUGACUAUGACCCACUCACCCCAACCAGAAGCUAUUGAAGGGUAAACAAAGUAGAUACACAUGGCUUAAAACUGAACAAAGGAAGGUUUUUGACUUAUGGAGAGACUUCUCAAAGUCAGAAAUUAUGAAAAAAAACAAGACUACUCUCUGGGGUUUGAGAAGACACUAAACUGAUUGAGUAUUGUAAGCAAAUCAUUUAUUCUUGGGAUUCAAUCUGUUUUUUUUGGCCUUGAAGAAGCUUCAUUAGUGUUCAGAGAGAUCGUUCUCUGACAAAAAAUAUUUAUCCAAUUGGAUCUCUGCUGCUUCAGGGCUUUUACACAGAUCAGGGUUCCAUGAAUUUUGUUCUUCUCUUGGUAGUUGAAAGAUGCAGGGAGACUUAGUGUAAAAAGUUAAAACAUAUAUGAUUGUAUAUGACUUUCUUUUCAUGUGUAUGUAUAUCAGUAUAUGUAUGCUCCUAAGUGCUUUGCACUGUGCAUUCUUGUAAAUUAAAGACAGUAUCCAGAAUCUUUUCAGACAAA